GACACCCACGAGCCGUUAUGGAAAAUACUCUCCCCCGGUUUGUGAUCGAGCGUGGCGGCUACGAGAAGUGACACUUCAACAUUUUUGAAGAAAAGGAACGUCUCGACCAGCAAUUGUUCGACGUCAUGCAACUUGGGCUCCCCUAACCCUAAACUUUCGAUUUCACCCCCUUCUCAGUUCACUCACUCACACCAAUCCUCACUUCAGUAUACGACAUUGCCCUGGUCCCCAAGCUGUUGAGAAAUGACCAUCAUGGCAUUUCGGCCCAAGAUGGACGACGCCAUGGACGAAGUCGUUGACCUUCGCCCUCACACCGCCCAAGAGGCUGGCUCUGCCCGCAAGCCUGAUAUGCGCGUUGAUUUUUCCACGCUUGGGAACUCCGAGCUAGCCAGCAAGCUCCCCGGCUUUCUAGAGGAGAUGGCCCGUGCGAAUCGCGAGACGCAAGAGCUGAUGGCAGCCGACCCUAAGGCUGCUCGAAUUGAGAUCGAUGAUGACGAGGAGGUCGACACGCAGGUCAUCGAGAUGAAUCUCUACUCGGGCGUGCUGGAGUCGGAGGAACCAAAGAAGGAGAUUGUGAUGCCCAACGGGCAACCUUUGGCCGGGAAUGGUGCUGCUGAUGGCGACAGCGAUACUGAGCCAUUCAUCUCAGAGCCGGUUAAAGUCAGGCACACAACCAACAACAACAACCGAAAGCGCCGAGCGCCGUCCUCCUCCUCCUCCAACUCCAGUGGUAGCAGCAGCUCAGAAGGAGAGACGCGUAUUAUCAAGAUUCCAAUCCUGGAAAGGAUAAAUGCCAGGGAGGGCUCUUUAGACACACAAGCAUCUGCGGACAGCGCAGAAAGCUCAGGCUCCUUCUCGCGGGAAGUAUCAUCCCCAAAGAAGACAACCGCCAUCAAAGAAGGCAGUCCCUCCCCUCCUGUGCAAGGUCAAGAUGUCCAGGACUGGGUGGAUGACCAGCCAUCUGUGACAGGCGAUUACACCGAGAUUCCCGGGGCCCCUCGCAGGAAGAUGCUAAUUCCUCGCACCCGCGUCGGUGCUAAAGAGUCGCAAAAGAAUGUCCAGGACUGGGUAAAUAACCAGGCGGAUCAACAGGCGGAUGAAUGAGGAGAAGUAGAACACCAGGAAGAGUUACCAGAAGCGUAACUAGAGCCAAAAAAAAGAAAAAAAAUAGAGGCUUCUCUCCUCCUCUUCAAGAUCGAGAUACAGUUUUUCGACACACCACCACGAUGCCUCGGCGUGCUCGUUGAACCUUCUGAAGCAACCUGUCAGUACACAGGCAUCGCUUGUUCCUCUUGUUUAGCACAACGCCAUGUGCACACCGCAAGCGACACUGUAGUGGGGGAUGGCAACAACUGCCGUUCUUUGCAGUGGGAUCCAAAUAUUCAUUCAUGAUUCCAGAUACUCCCCAGGACAACCUAGAUGGACGAACCGAAGGAUGCAGGAAUGGAUGGCAUUAGUUUGGCGUUAGUUUGGAGUACUUUCACUUGUUCUAGGAGAUAGGGAUGAUGGAAAAUGGGUAAGGAAAAUGACGGGGAGGAGGCGUAUUGAGUUUUUGUUUUACAAUAAUGCCAGUUUCCUGGCUUCGGUCACCAGCCCGUCCUGGCGCAUACUCAUCUAUUCAGUUCGGCAUUGUCGUGAAUAGAGAGAGUGAUGAAUGAGGAUACACUUUACGUCGUUCUGGGAAUACUCUUCUUUUGUUUCGGAUGUCAAUCAAGUUCCAUUGAUGGAUUUAGACCUUAAAAGUCCCUGAUGGAGCAUUAUGCUUGUUAUGCCCCAUACUGACCGCAGAAAAACGAUAUACCCGGGGAAUAGAAGUUUAAGAAAUACAGAUAUUGCCAAAGAGAAACCGAAACCACG